CCUUACAAGUAAGAUAAAUUUUUUACUUUUUACUAUAAUACAGUACAGUUUCUAUUUAACACAUAUAACGAAAAGCAAUUGAAUAUUUUUGUACGCAGAAAUUUGUAUAACAAUUUCUUUCUAACUCUUUGUAGUACUAACCGCCUGUUGCACAUCUGCUUUCAUUGUCAUUCAAUUUUGGUCAAGUAUCGCCGGCGUUAUUUUAUCGAGAAACAUAUCUCAAUCUCGUUAUUUACCUAUUACAAUGGAAUAUUUUAUCAAUCAAGAAAAACAUUUCUGUUUAAUUCUUUUGUACACAUAUACAACCUUUUGCAUAGGAGUAACUGCGAUGGUAGCAAUAGGAACGAUGCUUAUAGCAUAUCUUCAACAUACCUGCGGAAUGCUUAGCAUCUCAUGUUAUCGUAUUAAUCGCGCAAUGAGAUUUAAUAUGCUGAAAAACGAAAAAUUUGUAUUCGAAGAAAUAUUUUAUGCUAUAGAUAUUCAUCGACAAGCUAUGAGAUUGUCUGAAUUGUUGGUAUCCAAUUUUGAGAUAAUGCUGUUCUUCGUAAUAACAUUUGGAGUUAUAUCUAUGAGUCUCAACCUUUUGCAAGUAAUCUUGGAUUCCUAA